AUGCAUCUACUCUUCUUCACCACCUCCCUCUUCUCUCUCCUCUCUAUCUCCAACGCCUCCAACGACGCAAUCACCUACGACAUCGCUGGCUGCAAUGCCGCCGCCCUCCCCAAACGUCAAGACCUCACCGGCACCUCAAUCUCCCUAAUUGGCAGCGCCCGCAUCUCAGCUUUCUCGUCUGCAUCCGCCGCCUUUGUCGCCGCAACCCCACAGCCAAACUCCAUCAUCUGUCCUGGCGUUAUCGGUGCCGCUCCCACGCCUGCAGAGUCUCCGUCUGAUGAUGUGAGAUUGAGGUAUGAUCCUGGUGCUAUUAGUGCGCUUGAGCAGAGGCAGAGUAUCAGGCCGCAUGAGAGUAGGGUUGGUGGGAGGAGAUCUAGAAGGCAUUCGAGCCAUACUGCUUCGCCGGACGAGGUUGCAGAGGCAGUUGUUACAGAUGUUGCAGAGGCUUCUUAG